AUGGAAGAUAUUAUUAUUUCACUGGAACCAGCAUUUCAUCGUGUUGAACGUUUUAUUUUAUGGAAAAAUCGUUAUGCAAGUUUACUUGCAUUUCUUAUUGGUCAUUGUAUUUUCUAUGGUAUAGCACGAGCUGGUCUACGUCCAUUUUGUGCUAUAACUCUUGUUAUAUUAAUAUUUCAUAUACUUGAUAGUUUAAAACAAAAACGAUCACAUCUAGCAGAUGAUGAUAAAAAUUUAUGUGAAUUAACUCAACUUGUUAUACGUUCAUAUCGUCAUGCAUGUCAAACACAUGAAAAAUUAAAUACAUUGAAAACAGAAAAUCGUGUUAAAUAUUCAAUUAUUAUUAUUGUUAUUUGUCUUGCACUUGCAUUUAUUGGCGUUAAAAUAAAUGGUUUUUAUGUAUCGUAUAUAACUAUGUUAAUACUUUUUACAUUACCAGCUGUUGUUUAUCAUAAAUUAAUACCUAAAUUACUUCGACGUUUAGCACCUGUACUUGAACAACUUGAUCAAUCGAUGGAAUAUAAACGACGUUCAUUAAUUGAUCGAAAAGAUCUAUUAGUUAAAAUCGAUCGAUCUGGAUUGAAUAAUGAUGACGAUGAUGAUGAUGUUCGACGAUUAAAACAACAACGUGACAUAUUACAACAAGAAUUAUUACCAACUAAACAACGUCAACCAUUAAGUUUAACUGAUGAUGAUGAAGUAGAAGAUGAACAAAAAUUAAUUGAUACAAAUGAUCAAAGUCAAACAAUAUUAAAUUUUCGACAACGAUAUCAAAAUGAAGCUGUUGUACCAAAACAAAAAACAACUAUGGGUGAAUCAAGUUUUGAUAUGCUUAGUGAUUCAUCAUCAUCAUCAGUUGUUGAUGAUGAAACAACUCGUAUAAGUGAAUUAUAUGCGAAUGUUGGCGAUCGAAUUGAUGGUAAACAUCGUAUUAAAGUUAAAAAUGAUGAAUUAAAAAUUAAAGGACGUUCAAGUAAACAACGACCAAAAUUAAUGGAUGCACAAUAUUUUCAAUCGAAUAAUGAUACAUCAUCACCACCAACAUUAAUUAAUACAUCAAUGAUUAAUUCAAAUAAUGAACCAGAUUUAACAAGCUUUGAUUUUCUUAAUGAUUAUGAUGAAAAAGCAUAA